AUAAUUUAGCCGCAAAGAAAAGGAAAACAAACAAACAAACAAACCCGGGAAGCCAAAAAUUCUCUGGAAAAGCAUUGAGUAAAUUAACGGGGGAAAAAGAACAAUGGAAGAAUCAUCGUCAGCUACGACAGGAGAUCAGAGAGAUAAAUCAACUGAAGAGGAAGUUAUUAUCAGGGAAGUGGACACGGAUCAACCGUCCACGUGUCCCGAGAAUGAACUGGAUGACCGUGAACUCGACGGUAGCGAAUCGAAGCCGCCAUUGAACAAAAGCGACAUCUUGAAAGCAGUGGAGGUAGUUGAAAGAGACUCUCGGGCUAUCGCCGAUAGCUUCUCUUCUCUCUUCGCUUCGCUUCGUUUGGCUCUCUCUGAGGUCACUAGCGGCUCAGUUGAUCAUAUGCGUUGCUUUGGAGAUGCAGCUGGGCGUCUUCAAGAAUCUGCACUUGAUGCGGCUACAAAGGGGAACCGGUAUAUAAAUUCAUGUCUCAGGUUAAAUGAGGAAAUGAAGGGCAUGGAAAGUCUAGCUACACAGCUAAAAGUUCUGAGGAGGAAUGUAGAUGCCCUAGACACAGCCGUUAACAAGCUCGUACGACUUCCAUGAAUUAUUUGGACGAUGAGUACAGCUCAAAUUAAGAAGAAAAUCAAUGUUUUUUUUAUUGUCUUAUGCACAUUUAUGUUAAUGCAAAAAUUCUGGUACUUGUACAUCAUAUUUUUGCCUCUGCUAUUAUAAAAGAACAAUUGAAUCUUCCAAUGGUUAAUUAUGUCAAAAUCAUUUGAUUAAA